ACUUAUGUGCACUAUGAUUCCUACUCAAGAAAACAAAUUCAUGAUUUUCAACAGUAUAGACAUCGUUAAUAAUAACCUACUAUACAAUGACAAAUCAAUACUCUGCGAAUUUAAAAACAAAACAAACUUACCAGAAACAAUCAGAAUUCAACCUGGUAUAAGAGUUAUGUUUCUAACUAAUUCACAACACCAACAUCGAAUAGCAAAUGGUACUAUAGGCAUCAUCACAGACCUUUAUAUUCAAUCAAACCUUGUCUAUGUAAGCUUCUGCAUCGAAAAAGCUAUAAUAAACAUUUCUUUCUUCAAAUUUACUAGCAACUUCAGUAUAAAUGGGACACCCGCUAGCCGAACUCAAUUCUCGAUACAAAAUGCAUUUGCAUUGACAGUCUACAAAACACAAGGACUCACACUUCCCGAUGUAUCAUUAAAUCUGGAUGAUCAAAUAUUCACACCUGGACAAGCCUAUGUAGUGCUAAGCCACUGUACUAAUUGGAACCACAUAACAAUACAGUCAUUAAAUGACACUGCCUUUAUCACAGAUCAAUCCAUGAUCAGAGAAUAUGAAUGA